CUCAGGUUAGCAUACAAAUACAUGCUUAAAUUAUAGGAGAUAAGAAUAUAUGUGCCUGCGAUUUUCUUAAAUUUAAGCAUUAUCAGAAGUCCAUUGUAAGACCACUAAUUGUUAAAGCUAUUGUGUGCUUCUUUCUCUCUUAGAUAAGUGUAACACAGUGUAAGCGAAACAUUGAUUGUACUCUUUCUAGUUUUAUCUCUUGAAUAAUUUUAAGGUAUAAUCAUGGAAAAGUAUUUAAAAAAAAUGAAAAAGGAUAAUAUUAUAUGUCGCGAGAAAGUAAUAACACGGCUGUAUUCUUUAAUCGGCGUAGCAGAUGAACCAAUGCCAGAGAGCAUAUUUAUUUACGGGCAUAUGACUACUGGGAAGUCAUUAAUUAUACAAAGUCUGCUUGAUCAUUUAAAGUACAAUGUUAGCUACAUUAAUUGUAUAGAGCAUUUAGGUAGUAAACACAUAUAUAAUUAUAUUCUGGAUGAUUUAGCUGCUUCCACAAAAGAAUUGAAUGGUGAUACACGAUUGAAGUACAGCUGCGACAAUAUUAUGGAUUUUAUACUCACACUUAAGAAGAUUUCUUACAAUGAUAAACGUCCGAUUGUAUUAGUAUUUGAUAAAUGUCAUAAGAUAAGAUACUUUGAUGCAACCUUUUUGCCAGCAAUUUUAAGACUCAGAGAAUUAUCCGGCAUUAAUAUAUGUACGAUUCUAAUAAGCGAGAUUGCGUGGGAUAAAUUCAACACUAAGAUAGGUGCUUUGAGGCCUAUAAAGAUUUAUUUUCAGCAGUAUACGAAGGACGAAUUAGCCCAACUGCUAUUGUUAGACAAACCAGCGAAUUACGAUAUGGAUUUUUAUAAAAAUUACUUGAAUCUCUUUCUCUCUGUAUUUUUCCGAUUUUGCAGAGACCUAAACGAGCUGCGACACAUGGCUAAAAUAAAUUUUACUAAAUACGUAGAACCAAUAGAAAGUAAGCGAAUUGAACCAGAUAAUAUUGCUGCGUUAUGGCGAAAUAUCUCCGCCACUUUGAGAUCCAAUUUGGAAAUCAUUUACCUUAGAGUUUCGACGGGCGAUUUUUUGCAGCCCGAUUAUCAAAUGUCUCGGGAAAUCGAGUCGACAACGAAGCUAGCUUUGAGUUUUGAACUGCCAUUUUAUGCAAAGUACAUGCUGAUUGCAGCUUAUCUAGCUUCGCACAAUCCUGUGAAGUAUGACAAACAUAUUUUUAUGAAGCAGAGCAGUAAGAGACGAAAACAGAUACGAUCAAUAAAAAAAACAGGAGAAAAUUCACAAAAGAAGUCUCGAGUUUUCACUAUCUCGAGGAUGCUCGCAAUUUUCUGCACUAUUCUCGAUGAAAAAGUGGAUAUUAACGCUAAUUUACUUGCGCAAAUAUCCACCAUGUGUCAACUAGGUUUACUAUCUAUCAUCGGAGAUAACGUCACACAGUUGGAUGAAACAAAAUUCAAAUGCUGCGCAAGUCACGACUUUAUUAUCGUUGUAGCUAAGACAAUUGGUUUUGAUAUAAAAAAUUACUUGAGCGUGAAUAUGUAUUGAAUAUAUUUCAUAUAUGCACAAUUCAUUAUGUCCAUUUUUAGUUAUAGUUUUAUAUAUGUGAUUUCUAACAGCUUUAUCUAAUGUUUCAUUGUAUGAAGACAUCUUAAGUAACAGAGAAAAAAAACUUGUGUAUUUUUAUAUUUAUAUUAGAAUAAGCUUUAAUUUUUAUAUACCCAUUUUAUAUAACCAUACAGUGUACUACUUAUUUUCCUUACAUUAACUACUCUGAGUGAAAAUUUAUA